UUAAUGCAGGGAAGUUGGUGGUAGGGCUAAAGCUCAAGCAAAAGAGAGUGCAGAGUUCUUCAAUCUCAUUCAUGCUUGUCACCAAAAAUGAGAAGUUGAAAAUGUCACUUGUAUAGUUGUAUUGGGAAGAAAAAUUGAACCGACAUUUUUCUUCCUUCUUCAAUUGGACCAUAGCCGUUGAAAAAUUGAAGGCUGAUAGUGAUAUGAAAUAGUAUUCUGCCGAACUCAGAAAUGCCAUAAAUCCUAUAAAACAUGGUCACAUGUUUUUGAGGAUUUUUUUUUUUCUUAAUUUUGAUUUCAUGCGAUGGCAUACAAAUCGAAGAGAUAAUAGAUAAUAGACCUUCAAAUUUAGUUUGGUGAUCCAGUGAGUACCACAUGAAACUUAAGGCAUAAUAUCAGAGUAUUUCUGUCAAAGAGAAUAUUUGUAUUUUCAACAUAAUAAUAUAAUAUUUCCUUUUUAUUUAUUUACUUGAAAAAAAAAAAGAGUAGGAUAAAGAAAACAAAACAAAAAAGAAAGAGGGGUACCCAUAAGUCCAUAACCGUAAGGAACCAUGCUGCAACCUGCGUGCACAGCUACCCCAACAUCAUCACUCCCCCAUCCUCCACCUCAGACAAAUUCCAAGUCUUCCAUAAAACCCAACAUCACAAAACAUCAUAGUUUGUUGUUAAGACGCACACAAAAAUCCUCAGACCCAAACCCUACUGUCUUAUGGACAUCCUCCAUAGCUCAGCACUGCCGAAACGGAAACUUACUCCAAGCUGCUUCCGAUUUCGUUCGCAUGAGGGAAGCCGGUGCCGAACCCAACCACAUCACCCUCAUUACUCUUCUCUCCGGUUGCGCUCACUACCCAUCUCACAGCAACAUCUCCUUCGGAUGUGCAUUGCAUGCGCACGCUCGAAAACUGGGUUGCAUGGACGUCAACGACGUCAUCGUUGGCACAGCGUUGAUCGACAUGUACGCAAAGUGCGGCAGCGUGGGCUCUGCAAGGUUGGUGUUUGACCAAAUGGGUGUAAGAAAUUUGGUGACUUGGAACACCAUGAUCGAUGGAUACAUGAGGAACGGCGAGACGGAAUGUGCUCUCCACCUGUUCGAUGAAAUGCCUGUGAAGAAUGCCAUUUCUUGGACUGCUUUGAUUGGCGGCUUUGUGAAGAGAGAUUGUCACGAGGAAGCAUUGGAGUGCUUUCGGGCAAUGCAGCUCGCUGGUGCAGUGCCUGAUUAUGUUACUGUUAUUGCUGUCCUUGCUGCGUGUGCCAACUUGGGGACACUUGGUCUUGGUUUGUGGGUGCAUCGACUUGCUGCGAAACAAGGGUUAUUGCACAAUGUUAAGGUUGCCAACUCGUUGAUUGAUAUGUAUGCUCGGUGUGGGUGCAUAGAGUUUGCUCGUCAAGUGUUCGAGAGCAUGUUGGAGCGAACAUUGGUGUCUUGGAACUCAACCAUUGUAGGUUGCGCCGUUAAUGGUCUUGCGGACGAGGCUCUGAAUUUAUUCAGUUCAAUGCAGAGGGAAGGGUUUGAGCCUAAUGGGGUCAGUUACACGGGUGCUCUAACAGCAUGUAGCCAUGCCGGAUUCAUAGAUGAGGGCAUAAGAAUCUUUGAUUACAUGACGAGAGUUCACAGAAUUGCGCCUAGGAUUGAGCACUAUGGUUGUCUAGUGGAUCUCUAUAGUAGAGCUGGGAGAUUGGAAGAGGCAUUGAAUGUGAUCAAGAACAUGCCCAUGAAGCCUAAUGAAGUGGUGUUAGGGUCAUUGCUUGCUGCUUGUAGGACUCGUGGGGACAUUAAUUUGGCUGAAAAAGUGAUGAGAUAUCUUGUUGAAUUGGAUCCUGGUGGAGAUUCCAAUUAUGUGCUCCUUUCUAACAUUUAUGCAGCGGUUGGAAAGUGGGAAGGUGCAAACAAAGUUAGGAGGGCAAUGAAGGUCCGUGGGAUUCAAAAGCAACCAGGCUUUAGCUCCAUUGAGAUUGAUUCAAGCGUGCACAAGUUUGUGGCAGGUGAUAAAUCUCAUGAAGAGAAUGAGCAUAUUUAUGCAGCUUUGGAGCUCUUGUCUUUUGAUCUUCAAUUAUGUGGCUAUGUUCCGGAUUUAUCUGUAAAACAUUCUUUUGAGGGUGAUUGAGCUUUGUAAUUGACUUGCCC